CCUUUCCCGUCGUCGACCGCGCCCGCAUCUGAUUUCCCCAUCCCAUCAGAUCUCGCUUCGGCCGAGCUCCCGAAACCCUAAUAAUGGUGCAGGAGGAGACUGACGCGGCGGCGGCUGAGGAGCCCGUCGCUGAUGCGGCCCCCUCUGAUCCGGUGGCGGAGGAGGACCCCGUGGCUGCUGCUGACGCUGACGCUGCCGCUGCCGCUGCCGCUGCUGCUGAUGCUAAGCCAUCCAAGGGGAAGAAGGCGAAGGGCCCCAGUAAGGCCAAGGCCAAGGCCAAGAAGCCUGCUACUCCACGGAAGCCUUCUGCCCACCCGCCGUACGCCGAGAUGAUCAUGGAGGCGAUCGUGACGCUGAAGGAGCGCACCGGGUCGAGCCAGUAUGCGAUCGGGAAGUUCCUCGAGGACAAGCACAAGAAUCACCUCCCGGGAAACUUUCGGAAGAUCCUCCUCGGCCAGCUGAAGAGGCUCACUGCUGCCGGUAAGCUCAAGAAGGUAAAGAACUCCUACAAGGUAGCCGCCGCCACCGCCACCUCCUCUUCCUCGUCCUCCGCUGCUCCGACGAAGCCUAAACCGAAACCCAAGGCAGCCACCAAGAAACCCGCUGCUCCGACGAAGACGAAGCCCAAGGCGAAGGCCCCCGCUGCCGCUAAGCCCAAGCCGAAAGCUAAGCCGAUCCCCGCUGCCAAGCCCAAGCCGAAGGCAAAGCCGGCUUCCCCCGCCAAACCGAAAGCCAAGCCAGCCGCAUCGCCAGCGAAGCCCAAGGCCAAGGUGAAAGCUCAGGCUGCCGCAAAAGCUAAGCCGGCAGCGAAGCCGAAGCUCGCGGCAGCCAGGCCGAAGCGAAGGACACCCGCGCGGCUGGUGAAGGCAGCAAAGACCUCUGCUAGGGACACCCCCGGAAAGAAAGCAGCACCGGCGGCGUUGGCUUCCUCUCCGGCCAAAUCCGCCGCGGCUCCAAAGAAGGCAGCGGCUGCCGCGAAGAAGAAUACCAGGAAGGCUGUUGUCCCGGCGGCUAAGACGACGACGAAGAAAGCCAAGAAGUAGUGGAGUCGGCUUUGUUUAGUUUUAUUUGUUUAUUUUUCUUCCUCAACCUGCCUUCACGGGGGUAGUCUGUUGUAAUUUCGAUGAUGUGCCGGGGGUAUUUGUGGAAUAUCGUGCGUCUUGCGGUGGGGAUUUCAAAAAGGAAAAAAAACGCAUCUCAUACGGUAGAGAGAUUAAAAAAAGACUAAUUGGUGUAUUGCAA